CCACUGCUCCCUCCUUGCUGGCAUGCAGUCACUUCACGAAAGUUUCCAGCUCCCUGUUGCCAGCCCUGUCUCCCUUUUUUGCAGGCAGGCUGUGCUCUCCCAAGAGCAGUGGAGCAGUUUCACUACCUGCUGUGGCCAGACCAUGGGGUGCCCAGAAACCCAUCCCAGCUCCUGUGCUUGGUGGAGGUGGUGAACAAGAGGGUGUUGGAAGCACCUGCUGGCCCCGUGUUGGUGCACUGCAGCGCAGGGAUCGGGCGCACAGGUACCUUCAUCGCCCUGGACUUCCUCCUGAAGAUGGGGAAGGCUGAGGGGAAGGUGGAUGUGUUUCACUGUGUGCAGCAGCUGCGGGAGCAGCGGGUCAGCAUGGUGCAGACCAAGGAGCAGUACAGCUUCCUGUACGAGGCGCUUCUCGAAGGCUUGCUCUGCGGCAGCACCGGGGUCCCACUGGAGAGCAUCGCCACCCUCGUCCACUCCCUUGGAGAAGCUGAGACCUCAGGCCACAACAGUGUCCUAGAGAAGGAGUUCAAGGCCCUGCAGAGAUUUUCUGAGUUGUUCCAG